CGUCUCGCUCGCCCGCCGUCUCGUUCGCCCGCCGUCUCGUCCACCAUCUCGCCCAUCAUCUCGCCCGCGUGCCGUCUCGCCCGUGCACUUGUCAUCCUUCUCGCCCGCGCCCUCUUGCUCGCGCCCUCUCGCCAACACCCUCUCGCCAACACCUUCUCGCCCGCACUCUUACAUGCACGUACGCGCGGACCGCGAGCGCGCUGGGCGAAUGUUCAGCACACAGACACGGCCGACAAACGCGCGGGCAGGUAGACAGGCAGCAGAGCGGGCGCACAAGUGGGUGGGCGAGCGCGUCCACGGGAGACAUCUCCCAGGUGAUAGGCCUGGACGACCCGAAGUGCCUGUGAAAGCCCGGUCUGAAGCUCGGCGCCCCGCUCGUCACCGUGCUGGCACUCCUGGCCAAGGUAACAACGAGGGCUUCGCAGUUCUCUCAAAGAAGGACUACCUCUCCCUCGCGAGCUCGCCAGGACUCCAUGCACACUUCCUCGCCACGCUCGCCGCCGCCCUGCACAUCCUCGGUUCCGGUGUCUCGUGCCUCCUCGUGAAUGACCCCGCACACGCCGCGCGGCCGGCGCUCGAGGCGAGGGCACAUCGUCCCCAUCGCUCGCAUCGCUCGUGCUCGACGCUGCGUUCAAUUGGGUGUGCGAGCCGCGGCCGCAUUCGUCGAGCAACACGAGGUUGCGGGCCUGCUGACGGUGCACGUCGAUACCAAGCAAGUUGCGAAGAUUACGCUGAAGCUGUGUCCCUCGCCUGUUACGAACCUGGUGGAAGGGAGCAGAGGUAGUUGGUGACGCAUGCUGACUAUACACAGGACGACAAACCGCAAGAAAAUUUGUCGUGUCGCUCAGGGUGGACGACGCGGUGCGAGUGU